AUGUCUUACGAUCCAGAUGAGUUUAAGCCAGGAGCCAGUCCUAUACUUCAUGAGAUCUGCAGUCCUGAAAGGAAGCCUCCGCACUGGGAGCCUCUGUAUCGCCAGGGCUGCACUUUUGGGCCGCAAAUUUUCGCCGAGCGCAUGCUCACUUUUAUCCGAAACCCAAACCUCAACACAUCUUGGCUGUUCCGCGGAGAUAUUCUCUUUGACGACAGACAGGAGGAUGAAAAUGCGGCAGAAGAUAACAAGGCGCCGGCAAGUGUCGGCGGUUUCGACGCGAGCUGGCCAGAACGCCGGGUCGUCGCGGGGAUGACGAGAACGAGAACCAUGGUUCGGAGGCUGAUCCCACGAAACGAGGUGCGCGAUGCGCCCAUGAACCAGACUUGCGAAUUUCACCAAACCAUCCCACCGCAAGAUGACACAGCUGCCGGUCACCGAACAACAUCGACACUGGUGCUCUACGUCCCGCACGCCACCUCCGCCGAGGCGAUGCCCUUCUAUCACCCACGUGUGCGCGCCAUCGCGCAUCUCCACGAAUGGGACGCCGCUGCCGGCCAGGGCUUCAUCUCGGUGCACUUUGAGCCGUUCGCGGCCGACCUGCCGCUCGCGGACGCCAAGCUGCGCCGCGUCGGCUACCACCUCCUCGAGCGGCUGCACAAGCACGGGCAGGGCUCGCUGCGCGGCUACGCCAAGCGCGUGCACCACGACGCCGUGGUCCCGCAGAAGCGGUUCCAGGACCGCUUCGCGGCGCUCAAGCGGCGGCACGCGCGCGCCCUCAUGGGCGCGUGGGCGGAGAGCACCGACCCGGCGAAGCACGUGUUUGAGGAUCUCGGCAUCGCCGCGUUCCUGAUCGAGCUGUGGGCGGACAUGUACGGUGCGGAAAGCGAGGCCGGCCCGGGGGAAGGAGGGUUCCCGGGGUUCGUGGACAUUGGCUGUGGGAACGGCUUGCUGGUGCACAUCCUGAACCAGGAGGGCUACCGCGGCUGGGGCUUCGACGCGCGGGCGCGCAAGUCCUGGGCGCAGUACAGCACCACGCCGAGCGAGGCCUCGCCGACGGGGUCCUCGCUUGCCGAGCGUUGCCUCAUGCCGAGCGUCGUGCCCCGGCCCGAGGGCGAGACGCCGAUCGACGACGGCCUCGUCCACGACGGGCUGUUCCCGCGGGGCACAUUCAUCAUCUCCAACCACGCGGACGAGCUGACGCCGUGGACGCCGAUCCUGGGCGCGCUCUCCGACUGCCCGUGGAUCUCGAUCCCGUGCUGCAGCCACGACCUGGCGGGCGCGCGGUUCCGGGCGCCGCCGCCGCGCGACAGGAGCAAGUCCAAGUCGACGUACGCGUCCCUGGUGGAUUGGGUGGCGCGCAUCGCGGAGGACUGCGGCUGGCAGGUCGAGACGGAGAUGUUGCGGAUACCGAGCACGAGGAACACGGGCCUGCUGGGACGCAGGCGGACAAAGGAGACGAAGGACGUGGACAUUGCAGGCAUAUUGGCGAAAUACGGCGGCGUGGAGGGGUAUUAUGCCAGCAUUGCCAAGCUGGUCAAAACAGGCCCGAGAUCCCACUGA